AUGAAUCAAUAUCUAAAAAAAGCUUUAGACGACGGCUACAUAAAUUCAAUAGAUUACGACUCAUUUUCUGAUAUCGAAGAAGUUAAGCAAGAAGUAAAAAGUGAAGUUUUCAAAGCUUACUGGAAUCAUUCUGGUCAAGUUGUUGCAUUAAAAACUUUCGAUAUUUUUCCCGUGGGAAAUGAUUGUUCUUCAUUUGAAGAAUUUAUUCGUAAAUUUCAAUCAACUCAAGUUAUUAAAGAUAAUAACGUUGCUAAAUUUUAUGGUGUUAGUAAAGGACAAAUAAAACACUUCAUGAUAUUGGAGUAUGCCAAAGAUGGAAAUCUAAGGGAUUAUCUUCGCCAAAAUUUUAAAAAUCUUGAUUGGAAAAAAAAGAUCUCUAUUGGAAAGCAAAUUGCUAAUGGGCUUAAAGCUAUCCACGAUCAAAAUAUUGCUCAUAGAGAUCUGAAUAAACCAGAACAUGAAAUUCCAGUUCCAGAUACUCCAGAAAGAUAUCAAUUACUUUAUCAACAAGCUUGGAGUUUUCAUCCUCAAGAACGACCUUCGAUUGAAUAUAUUAAUGUGGAACUUGAUGAAAUGCCAAAGAAUUCAAAGACUUCUUUCUUUUCAAAGCCACAAGAUCUUUUUGGAAAAAAACCAAAAAAUUUUGUCUCCUCAUCUGUUAAUUCUUCAGCCCAAAUUAAUUCCGAUAAUUUCUCAACUCAAAUUCAUUCUGAUAACGCAAAUAUAAUUCACCAUCGAGCUGGUUCAGAAUCCACCAAUCCGUCUGUUUCAAAAAUCAUUCCUGAAAUUAAUGAUAGAAACUCAGGUCCACCACUUCCUAAAAAACCUUCUUAUAUUGAUACUAACCAGGAAACU